AAUGGUAUUUGAUCUUGUUUUAUUAGGACUGGAAUUUGUUCAUUAGCAAGGGCGAAUUUUUGAACUUUGUCAGCCAAGUGGAGUCAAAGGUGGCCUUGAAUAAAGGCUGUGCUCGAGGCUGGUUAACAUACUCUGACAUGUGCACUUUACUCAACAAUAAAGCAUUACUGGACUUGCUCCAAGUUAUUCGACAACAGUUGCUAACGAAUAUAUCAAAGUGUCUGACGGCAUAUUUAUUUGGAGUCUCCCUUCUUCUUGGUUCAUCUGCCCUUGCCUCUCUAACACACAAUUCAUCCAAACAAGACACGAUAUUCCAUGGCACUCCAGUCCAACCCUCCUUCAACUGCCUCACUACAGAAGCAUCCUGUGUCUUCUCUCGCGAGGGCAUUGAGGUUGCCUCACCAGGUUUAGACCUGGUCUUUCGUCCCAUCACUCAAAGAAGAAAACGUGUUCCAGGAUCAUUCCUUCAACGUCAGGGAUUCCAAAAUAUGGCCUCUUCAAGAGAACAGAAAAUGGAUGCACGAGAAGUAAAUCAAUCUCCAUCAGAAAACCAUACUUUUCCUAGAUCAAUUGAUAUCAGCGUUCUUUUUAAAACAUUAGGGAAUUUUACAUCUCAGAACCUUAACCUUAAGACAAGACUAGUAACUCAUGGCCGCUACUCGAAUGGCACAGACAGAGAGUUGUCAGUACAAUCUUGGUCAUCACUCUGUGUCCACAAAAUGAAUGUUGGUUUAUUCGGACCACAGAUUGUCAAAAAAAGGUGUUUUGAGAAAUUUCCAAAAAGUUCUGUGUCUUCAACAGAAUGGAACUGCUAUUACAGGCAGCAAUUGUGUGUAUCAUGAUGGCUGAAAUACUGUUUCUGACCCCCCCUCCCCUCCAUCCCACCCCUACAUCCCAUCUCCAUACCAUCUCCAUUUAGACUCUAUGAAAAACCUUUCAAUUUAAAGUAUUUUGAUAACAUAUUUUAUGAUGAUGAAUAAAGUUUUCCUAUCUCACUCA